GGCGCGCCGCGGGCCAUGGCGGUGGCGGGUCGGUGUGGGCGGCCGCUGCAGCUGACUCUGGCUCUGCUGAAGCCGGAUGCCGUGGCCCACCCGCUGGUGCUGGAGGCCGUGCACGAAACCAUCCUCAGCAAUCGGUUCCUCAUCGUGCGCGCCAAGAAGCUGCGCUGUGGGCGGGAGGAGAGCCGCCGGUUCUACCGGGAGCACGCGGGGCGGUUCUUCUACCAGCGGCUGGUGGAGUUCAUGGCCAGUGGCCCCAUGUGGGCUUACAUCUUGGCCCAUGAGAAUGCUGUCCCGCUCUGGAGAUCCCUGAUGGGACCCACCAAAGUAUUCCGAGCCCGAAACAGCGUCCCAGACUCCAUCCGAGGAGCUUAUGGCCUCACUGACACCAGGAAUACCACUCAUGGUUCAGAUUCACCAGCAUCUGCCAGCAGAGAAAUUGCCUUUUUCUUCCCAGAGUUCGAUGAGCAGCUCUGGUACCAGCAGGAAGAGCCACGUCUGCGCCGAGGGCAGGUGUAUUACAAUGCAGAGGAGCGUGUCCACUGUGUGUUCAGGGAUGAAGAGGCAGAGUUGACCUGAGUUACCCGGGGGUAUGGUUUGCUGAGCCGGGAGUACCUGCUAGACACACUGUGUCAGCCUCAUAACAAGACAUAGAGCCAUGGCAUGUUUUAAGGAGUAUGGGGGAGAGAAAGACCUAAAGCACAUUAUGUUGUGCUACCUGGAGUUAGGUUGUUCAUGCAGCAUCCAGGUGCUGGGGCAAUUUAGGUAAAACUUCUCAAGUAGCAGUUCUCCAACUGGAUGUAGAGAUCUAGCCAUGGAGUUCACUGGUCUCUCAUGUUUAUUUGGACAUAAGCGGUACAGGUGAGUCCAGCAACAGGGUAGAUGAAAGGGGGUUGCUAGUUCCAGUUAGGAUAUGGUUUGUUUUGCUGAUAGUAGUCCUCAGAGUCUUAAUAUUUGCUCUGUUCCCAGAGGCCCAUAAGGAGAAAAGAGAGGCAAAAGAAUACAAAAAAAGGCAGCAAUAAGCAGGGUAGUAUGAACUCUCCUGCCCUUGUUUUCCUGGAUCCAAGCUGAGAAACAAGGUUGUCUUCAGUUUGUAUCAUAAGUCUGAUCUUGAGCAUCUGGUGGAACGCACGGUUAGAAGCCGUUCUCAAGAGGAAAGCAGCAUAUCCCAUUGGGUUGGUUUGGUUUGGGCUGACAAGUCUGCAGCACAAGUUCUAGGGGAAGCUGCAGAAAGGUGUGGAGUACUCCGGUGCCUGUGAAGGAUCUUUUGUUUGUGCUUUUUAGAUUGCCUGGGGCAUGAGAUCAGCAGUUCUGAUGAGACUUGAUAGUGGCUAUUAGAGCUGUGGAUUUCUUGAAUCCAUAAUAAAAGGCCAGAGAAGCUGAUUUGAAUGCUGGUACACAGGGGCUGUAGAAUUUCUGCCAGGAAAUUUCUUUACAAGAAGCCUUGUAACAAAUUGCCUAAUGGCAACUCAGGGGCUUCAUUGCCUAUACCCUUACUGGGCAUUGAAGUACUGAGUUCCAUGUCAUUUGUAAAUUAUAUGGACAAAGUCCUUUAAUUAUGCAAUAAUUGAUAUAGUUGUCAUAUGCUGAUAUGCGUGUGAGGACUUGGUUUUGAGGUACAAAGCAAGGUUCUGAUAUGCUUAUUUAUGUUUCCCUGUUUGAUGCAUUUUGAGCUCUGUUACUGUACAAGUUUUUUAUCCAUUUAAACUCUCCCCAAAUAGCCUCUUACAAUGAUGAUAUUUUUAAUUAAGGUGCCAUGUUGUACUGAGUGAAUUUUUUUGGGAUAAUUUCAAAUGCACUGUAUUGGUGAAGGUACCUUUGUACUGUGUUUGGGACAAGAAGUUUGUUAGCUUGACUCCUUCUGAAGUUUUGUGUGACUAGCACUGAGAAUACUGAUCCCUAUAGCUCUUGACUGGGUUGUUGAUUGAAUCCCAAAUUCAUUAGUGCAUCAUUGUGGUACAGAUCAAAGGCAAGUUGCUGUGACUAGUUUAAGACAACUAUGUGAAAUGUUGGGCAUUUGAUUAAAAAAUGUGUAAUUGUAGGAGAUGCUUCUGUAGAGUUUCCUUGACCAAAUACAUCAACAUGUUUGUUCCUUCCUUACCAUUAUACGAGAUUAAAUGCAGUCAUUGUUUUGUUCCAGGUACAGAUCAAAAGGAUCUGCGGAAUAUUUCUGCAUUUUUGCAUUGCUGUUUUAUUUUCACCAGCAAUAUCCAAAGGUGGAUCUGCUCAUGAUCGAGUUUUGUGUCUAUACAGCUCUGAAAUCUUGCUGUCCAUAAUGCUACUGUUGAUUGAUAUUUUAUUGAUUCCCUGAGUGUCUGCCAGUUAUGUGGGGGUUUUCAUGUAAUUAGUAACCCUUACAAUUUUAUUUUCAUCUUUCUUCUUUAUUUAUAUUGUGCUUUCUUUUUUGGCUAUUCAUUUGGGGUGCCAUUAAAUGACAAUUCCUGGCUUACACUUCUUGUUUUAAAUGUGUUAAUUUUCCUAGUCAUUCGCCAUUAUUACAUUUGGGGAAGCUGACCCUUUUAAAAUUUCAAGUACAAACAACACUGGUUUAGUGGUGCAGUGUUUUCGCAGAGUGAUUAUCAGGUGACAGUCACCAUUCCUUAGGUAGCUGCCAGUUGUUAUGUCCGUAUUAACAUUUCCUUGGUUCACUAGGACUGCACCUGAGAAGUGGUUGUCAGAACUGUGCAGUCCCAUUGCCCUACACAGAGUGUUUGUUUUGUAAAUCUAAAGAUGUUCUGUGAAGUCUGUCAGGAGAUUUAAUGUAAGGAAGAAGUUCUUCCCUGUGAGGGUGCUGAGGCGCUGGUACAGGGUGCCCAGAGAAGCUGUGGCUGCCCCAUCCCUGGCAGUGUUCAAGGCCAGGUUGGACACAGGGGCUUGGAGCAACCUGCUCUAGUGGAAGGUGUCCCUGCCCAUGGCAGGGGUUGGAAUUGGAUGAGCUUUAAGGUCCCUUCCAACCCAAACCAGUCUGGGAUUCUAUGAUAAUACUGAAAUAUUUGGUGUUAGAUGGAGGAGAUGAUAGUGUCAAAAAAUAUUUUUAAUAUCAAAGGAAGCCUUUGGAUUUCAGCAGAUGCUCUGCUUUGAGGCCUCUUAGGAAAGUCUUUCUUUUAUUAAUUUUUCCCCUCUCUGUAAGUGCUGAAGAAAUGUUUCACUUCUUUAGUGUGUCGUAGCACUGUACCAGCUACUAGAAAGAAAAUAACUGUUACAGCUGAAACCAGGACAUAAUGACACUUCACAUCUGUUCUGUGUACCUCCUUGUGCCUCCCAGUCCUGUGCUGUACCUUUGAUUUUGUAACUUCCAAUGGCUUUAAUUUAAAACAAUUUCUUGUACCCUUUCUCACUUUUCUUCCUGCCCCUUCCCUGUCCCUAAUCUGCGUUUACAGAACGAGUUGAAACCUCUGAUUAUUCUUAAGAAAUCCUGGUAAUGCCCAGCAUAGGCUAUUUCUUCUCUUUCAUAAAGAUUUUCAUUUUCUUUAUUUGAGCUCCAAACAUUAUGUUGUGAAAUAAUAAAGGCAAGUUAUCCAAAUGCUGGUUUAGCUUAAAUAUGUAAUAUCUGAUGCUGCAACAAUCUCAUGUACAGUCGACAUUUGUAUUUUGGUUGUUGUCCUCUUCUUACUAAUGCUUAAAUGCUUUCUGCCUGUUUGCACAGAAGCCUGGUACCUGAGUAUUAGACUGAAGGCUGCUGAACCAGAGUUUCUGCUUUCUAAAGGAAGUGCUCCUGUAUUUCACAGAAACAAUACCUAUCUGACAUGGCUGCAGUAUACAUAUAUAGUGUAGAUACACUGCCUCAGAGUAGAGAAGGAAUUUGGGCAAGAAGGCACAAUCAUUAUGACAAAUGGCUGUGGAACUUCAGCUUUGUAUUUAAGCAAUAAAUACGUUUUCCAUGAA